AAAGCUUCUUCUUCUUCUUCUUCUUCUUCUUCUUCUUCUUUAUUUUGUCUUUCUUAUUUGUUUUGCUUUUGAUUCCAAGCUCUACAAAAGUUUGAAGAAGAAAUAUAUAUAUAUAUAUAUAUAUAUAUGAAGAUGGAGAAGAGAAAGAAGAGAGAAGAAGAGAAGGAAAAAGAGGAGCAUGAACUUGAUCUUAGUGGCAUGUCUUUGUCUUCAUUUCCAAACACUUCACUUAAUCUAGCAUGCAUCACUAAGCUUGAUCUUUCCAAUAAUAAUCUUCAGAGCAUCCCGGAGUCGAUUAUAGCUCGAAUGUUAAAUUUAGUGGUGCUUGACUUACAUUCAAACCAGUUGCAUGUAUUACCAAAUUCCAUCGGAUGUCUUUUAAAGCUCAAAGUCCUUAACGUCUCUAGUAAUAUGCUUGAGUCUCUUCCAAAGAUGAUUGAGAAUUGCAGGGCUUUAGUGGAACUGGAUGCCAACUUCAACAAGCUAACAAACCUGCCAGAAGCCAUAGGCUUUGAACUAACAAAGCUUGAGAAGCUCUCAGUGAACUCCAACAAGCUCAUCUUCCUCCCAUUCUCCACCUCCCACCUCACCGGACUCCAGCACCUCGACGUUCACCUAAACUGUCUCCGGUCCCUCCCCGAUGAUCUCGAGAACCUCAUCAACCUAAAAACACUAAACAUCUCCCAAAACUUCCAUUUCCUCCACUCCCUCCCUUACUCCAUUGGCCUCUUAACUUCCCUCACUGAACUCAACAUAAGUUACAACUCCAUCUCCACACUUCCUAACUCUUUUGCAUGCUUGACAAACCUCACAAAGUUCAUGGCUGAAGGGAACCCUCUAGUGUGUCCUCCAAUGGAGGUUGUUAUUAAGGGAGUUGAUGAAGUUAGGGACUAUAUGAAUGCAAAGAUGAGUGAAGGGUUUAAGGUAGUAGGUGGGAAAGGGAAAAAGAUAAGGCCAUCAACAUCAUCAUCAACAACAACAACAAGAAGAAAAGGUUCUUGGUUGAAGAAGGUGGUGAGGUGUGGAGCUUUUGAUGGGAGGAUGGUUAAUAUGAAUGAAGGGUUGUUGAUCACGCCGGAGCAUGAGAUGAAGAAUGCUAGUUCUAAGAGUACUCCGGCGAGGCUAGCCGCUUUGUUGUCUCCACUACGUGUCUUCUCUCCCAAGAGUUAGUAGUAGUAGUACUAAUGAUUAAUUAGUGUGCAUGUUUCUCAAUAUAAGUAUAAAUAUAAAUGUGUGUAUGUAUGUAUGUAUGCUUGC